GUGUUUUUCCGUCGCCAAAACUGGAUCAUGUCUCACUGACCGGUCGGCUCUCCCGUGCGCGCACGCUGCGGUAUGCAUUCGUAGCGGAUGCUCGAAUUUCCAAGACCUGCAGGUUUCACCAUGGUAAUGCCCGCAUCCCAGGGUGCGCCCCAUGGCGCGAUUGCGGCUGAAUCGCAGGAAAAAACGAACUCUUGUGUUUCGCAGGAGUGUCCUGCGUCCAGUGAAACAGCCAGACAGAACCCAACAGCCGCUUGUUUGGGAGGGCGCGAGUCCUCCGUAACUUGCGGUGAGAAACAGCCCACGCUGUUCGGGUGUACAUACACCACGGGAUCGAGUCGUCCUCCGUUAGUGGCGACCGAUGCAGUUCUGGUUGUCUCGGCGCCUACUCCAGAAGACGCUUUAGUGGUUCAUGGGGUAGAUUUUGAGAAGUGUCGAGACCUCGACUCGCUGUUGGACAGCUUCGAACGGAGUGGCUUUCAAGCGACGCAGCUGGGCCGGGCGAUCCGGGAGGUGAGACGUAUGCGCGCGUGGCGGCUUUCUGACGAGCCGAUCGACGAAGACGACAUCGGCACGGAGUGGGAAGACUUGGAGAAGCGGCGGAACACCAAGUGCACCAUCUGGCUGUCUUUCACGUCCAACAUGAUUUCCUCGGGACUGCGCGAGGUCUUCGUUUUCCUGUGCAAACAUAAACUCAUCGACGUGCUCGUCACUUCUGCGGGAGGCGUCGAGGAAGACUUCGUCAAGUGUCUGGCGCCGACUGUUGUCGGAGACUUCUAUUUGAAGGGCCAAGACUUGCGUGCCAAAGGCUGGAACCGGAUAGGAAAUCUGUUGGUCCCGAACUCGAACUACUGCCACUUCGAGGACUGGAUUCAGCCCAUCUUUGACAAAAUGGUGCAGGAGCAGAACGCAAAAAUCAAGGCGAACAUGGCCAAUUCGGACUUUUGCGUGGCUGACGCUGUCUGGACGCCCUCGUCCAUCAUCAAGCGCCUCGGGGAAGAAAUCAACGACGAAAGAAGUGUGCUCUACUGGUGCGCGAAAAACAAUAUUCCUGUUUUUUGCCCCGGCCUCACAGAUGGGUCACUAGGCGACAACCUCUACUUCCACAGCUACCGGCACAAAGGGCUUAUCGUCGAUAUCGUUCAGGACGUUCGAAACAUCAACGACAUCGCCACAAAGUGCAAAAAGUCUGGCAUGAUAAUCCUCGGAGGAGGGCUCCCAAAACACCACACAUGCAACGCGAAUCUCAUGAGAAACGGCGCCGAUUUCGCAGUGUACAUCAACUCCGGAUCGGAGUUCGACGGGAGCGACUCCGGUGCCAGGCCUGACGAGGCAGUCAGCUGGGGGAAAAUCACAUGCGAGGCGAAGCCGGUGAAGGUUCACGGGGAUGCAACUGUCCUGUUUCCCCUUGUGGUUGCUGCGACCUUCGCCAAAGAAUUCCAUGAAAAGCAGCAGAAGCUCUAAACUGGAGGUGCAAGUCAAAAUUCACUUGGAAGACCAAGUGUGGAGGGCGCAAGACCCAGAGGGUUUAAGGGGAGUUCUGGGACGAAUGGACGGAAAUUACAGUGAGGCUGGAAGAAUCGGGAGAGUUGCGCUGACUUUACAUGAAAAUGUGCUGACGAAGCCUACAUCUGCAUAUAGCAUAUUCGGCUGCAUAGGCAACAGCGGAAACAAAAUUAUGUGAUCGUGAAUCCACUAUUUUCCGGUCAGCGUGUAGGCAUAAACUCUGAAUCGUUUGUAUCCAUAUCGUCCUCUCUCUGCAGCCGCCACAGCAGCUGUCUCUCUAGUCACAGAUCUAGUCGCCCCCUAUUGACCUCUGUUCUGUGUCACUUUAACUUCUGCUUGAGAAUGACGCAAGCAAGAGACUUUGUUAGACAACUAGGGAGCAAGUUAUUCGCCAUGGAGAUGUCCAGGAAAGAAAUGGGGGAAAGAGUUGGCAUUUAACGAGAAGUGUGUACACUUGGUGAGGCUGCGCUGCGCAUAUUGCCUCAAACCAGGACUGCAAGCAGGGUAACAGAAGACAACGAAACAAGAACACCACUUAACGAGAGGUUAGCUGCUCAUUUAAUUUCUGUGGUUACCGGGGACCGAAUCCUCAGCCUCAUGAUCGGAUUUAUAUGCGUUCGAGUAUCUCUUAUGGCAGUUUGCCGUCGAGUUUCGUUUUUCGCCUGUCCAGACUGAAGCGGUGGUUUGGCUGAGUAUUUCAUUCGGUGGAAUCCGAUUCCUUGUUUUUAUUUUGUGUCUUCUGAGGACCUGAGGCAGGCAAGCAUCUUGUCGUUCACUCUCCAUGUCUGGACGUACCAGAUCAUCGAGGUCGGUGACCGUUUGUGCGGCUAGCGCAGGAGGCGAAUGCUACAGGUGCAACAAUCGUUUCGGAGCCAGGCCAACCUCUGCUUCUGACUUCAGCCAUUCAGUUUUUGCUUUUCACACGGUUUCUGGGCAGGAAACCGGCAGCGAGGUGGAUGGUGGUCUAAGGGGACACAUCAGUCAGUUUCUGCUGUUUCCCCUCAGUCUUGUUUCCAACCAA